AACCAAACAAAAAAAGCCCAAACCAAAAGACACCCACACCCAUUUGGAUUUCCAUCCAAGUCCCCCAAAUCCCCAAAAAUCCCAAAUUCCCAUAUAAAUUCGAUUCACUCUUCUUCCUCCUCUCUCAAUCGAUCAAUUUCGAUUUUCAGAGGACCAGUUUGGCCUCACACGCAAAACCCACAACCUGGUUCUUCUGAUAAUAUCAUAUCAGAAGAAGAAGGAGAUUGUUGGAGACAGAAACUGCCUGCCAUGGGGAAGAAGAGAAAGUCGGUGGCCACCAGCCUAGACGAGGUUGAUCGAAGCAUGUAUACCUCCUUCUGCAGCGCCGCUAAUUCCCUCUCUCAGCUCUACACUCAGGCCAUGAACCACCAAAAACUCUCCUUUCAAGCCGGUGAACGCCACGCCCUUGAUAAAAUAUAUCAGUGGAUCUGUAGACAACAAGAUGGAGGCUCACGAGUUACAACAGUCGAUAUAGUAAAUUAUCUUCAGAAUGAGUUGGACUAUUGUGGGGAGGAGCCAUCAAUGUCCCCUAGGUUGCCACUCCAACAUCAGCAUCUGCAGCCCACUGCUCAUUUUUCAAACUCAGGUUUCCCAGUUACUUCUGGGUCAUCUGGUCCAACAAAUACUGGGCAGGGAAUUCGUUCUGAACAAUGCGAUCACCAAUCUAAGAAUUCAGUCUUCUCAAAUGCUUUGUCAAGCCCUGUUCGCCAGAGUCUUCAGCACUAUCACAUUUCUCAAGAUGGAUAUUAUCCAGGAGCAGGUCUGCCGUCUGGAAAUGGAGCCCGAAACAGUGAACCUAGCUUUCUCCACCCAAACCGGGAUGCUAAUCCUCCAAGUUCUAAUGAUACCUCGAUGGACAUGCAUGCGGAUAGUCCUGGUCAUGAUUCUACCUACUGAAAAUGUUCAGUUGGUUCAUCCAAGUAUUUCCCAUGGGACGGUGUCAGAAGUCUUUGGAAGAACCCUGACAAUACAAAGCUCCUCUCUGGUGCAAUUCCAUAGGGAAGACGGCACAUGGAAGCGGUAAUGCAAUCAAUUUAAUUUACUUUUGCUGUCUUGUUUGAGAAUGGCUUGGUCUUCUCCAUCUUCUGUAAGCAUCUUUUUUGUAUUGCUUUUUGUUUCGUUUUGUUUUACCAAAAACCGUUGUGUUUCUAUUAGGCAUUGCUUUUAAUGUUGAAAGAUUAUCUCUGUAAAUGUAUUGAUUCUGCUUUACAUGACAAUUGAAGAUUUCAGUCA